UCUUUUAAAUCCGAUCUGAUUUCUGAAUUUCUCAGCUCUCGUAAUUUCUACUUAUUUUUCUCUACCAAAUUACAGUUGAAUUCAAUUAGGGUUAGGGUUUUGCCCAUCCAAUUCAGAUUAACCCAAAAUGCCACAAAGACACUCGAAGAACAACAACGAUUUAGCCUUCUUCACGUACGAUGAGAAGAGGAAGCUAGGGUACGGGACUCAAAAGGAGAGAUUGGGGAAAGACUCGAUCAAGCCUUUCGAUGCUUGCUGUCUUUGCUUGAAGCCUUUCAUCGAUCCCAUGUCUUGCCAAAAAGGUCAUGUAUUUUGCAAAGAAUGCAUUCUUGAAUGCCUUUUAGCCCAGAAAAAGGACAUCCAAAGGAAACUUGCUGCCCAUGCUGCUCAGCAGAAACAAGAGAAGGAAGAGGAGGAGGAGAGGUUAAUGUUGGAGAAAGCACGAGAGCUUGAUGCAUUUGAUCAGCAAAACCAUGGCGCCUUACCCCAAUACAAUGACAAAAACCAUAGCAGAGACAAGAAUGGGUUCCAUGGGGCGAACAGUGUGAAGGCCACUUCUUUUGAAGAGGAAGCACUCCGUACGAUGAAAGCUUUUUGGCUUCCCUCUGCCACUCCAGAAGCACCACCUAAAGUCGAUGCUCCUUCCACCAGUACAAUCUGUCCAGAGGGAAAAGAAAAACUCAAGCUGAAGACCCUUUUCCCUAUCCACUUCACUGAAGAUGAAAGUGAAAAAAAGAAAUCUGAUCUUGAUAAAACUUAUAUUUGUCCAAGCUGCAAGGUCACUCUGACUAACACAUUAUCACUGGUAGCCCUUAGCUCCUGUGGGCAUGUCUUUUGCAAGAAAUGCGCUGACAGGUUCGUGGCCAUCGACAAAGUUUGUUUGGUCUGUGACAAGCCAUGCAAAGAGAGGAAUUUGAUUACCUUAGCAAAAGGUGGGACUGGCUUUGCUGGCCAUGGGGAUCAUCUUGAAGCCACUGAUUUCAAGCAUUUGGGAAGUGGUAGUGGCUUGGGGCUUGUGAGACCUGCAGCUAAGACAUAAGUUCCUUUUUUUCCCCCUACUGGUUUGGCUUGUGCCAAAGAAAAGUGAAACAAGCUUCAUCUUGCUUUAUGCAUGUUGAAUUCAUUAUCUUUAACA